AUGCUAGAUGGUACCAUAUCACAGACUGAUUGCAUUUGGCACCAGGUUCAUCUUGCAGUCUUGGCCAAUGGCCAUCCCCACACUAUCCCUUUCCUGGUUUGUCCCAUAGGCAACACCCCAGCAAUCCUAGGCAUGACAUGGCUAACCACAGAAUCCCCGCUCAUUGAUUGGCAACAGGGACUAGUUACAUUCCCUGAACAAGCACAGAUUGCCUCUGAGGAAGAAGCUGACCCAGACCCCCUGGCAGACCUCCCUGCUCAAUAUCAUGAGUUUGCCAAGGUAUUUGGAGAAGAAGAGUCCAAGGUCCUCCCUCUGCAUAGGGAAUAUGAUAUCUCCAUUGACCUAGUUCCAGAAGCCAAACUCUCCCCUGGUCCCAUCUACGGCAUGACAGAUGCAGAAUCAAAAGCCCUGAAACAACAUAUUGAUGAGGAAUUAGCAACAGGCAAGAUCCGCCCUAGCACUUCCUCAGCAGGCGCCCCUGUCAUGUUUGUAAAAAAGGCUGAUGGCUCCCUGCACCUGGUUGUGGAUUACAGAAAGCUUAAUGACGUAACUCACAAAAAUGUCUACCCACUCCUAGGCAAGAUGACCUGA